GGCCCCGGCAAGCCCGUGGGCAAGCACAAGAGCUACUGUGCCUACGUGGUGCAGCGCAAUGUGACGUGCACGCUGCAGGACGGGGCCGAGAGCUACGUCAAGGCCGAGUACCACAAGUGCAGCUGGGGACCCAAGUGCCCAGGGAAAGUGCUGUACCGCACCUUCUUCAGACCCAGAUACAAGAUUGGAUACAAGACAGUGACCGAGCUGGCCUGGAGGUGCUGCCCAGGCUUCAUGGGAGAAGGGUGCCAUGACAGCCCGACCGACCAACCUGGCCUUCUGCCCCAACAUCCCAGUCCUAAAAUGCCUCCUGGACAAAAGAUGUUUCCAAUCCCCAGACUUCCUCCUUAUCCAAAAAGCCACCCUGACCUGUUUCCAGGACCAAAGAAGAAUCAGUAUGGCAGGAAGCUACCUGGCCUCUUUGGGGACCGCCUGGAUCGGUUGGAGGAGGAGGUGAGGCGCCUUUCCCAGUCCUAUGACAGCCUGCACACCAUGGUGAGUGGCCUGGGGGACCGCCUGCGACUGGCCAUCCAGGAGGACACCACCAAGAUGAUCGGCUCCCUGAUGAACAGCCCAGGCACGCCUGACUCAACGGUGGGCUUUGGCAUCAUUCCCGACGGCCUGGUGGAUGUGGCAGACAAAGCUGACAUCGCCACGUACCCUCCUGUGGGGGAGAUCCUGACCAAAGUGACAGAGGUGAGCGACGUGCUGAAAACCAAGGCAGAUUUGCUGCACGAGGUUCGUGGCAUGGUCCUGGACCACGAUGGGCAGAUUAAGCACCUGCUGGAGUCAGCCCGGCCCUCUCCCCUCACCUCCAUUGACCUGCUGGAGGAGUAUGUGGACACGCGGCUGAGCAACCUGCGUGGAGAACUGCUUGAUGGCUUCGAGAAGAAGCUGGGGAAGAUCCAGACCACAUGUGAUUUCCGGAUCCAAGAGGUGCGGCAGCAGUGCGAGGAGGAAAAAGCUGCCAACCUGAGGCUGCAGCAGACGCUGGAUGGGAAGGAGCUAGAGAUCAAGAAAGAGAUCUCCCAGCUGGAGACCCAGAUCCAAGGGCUGACGGUGGUGGAAAGCUGCUGCAGCAACCUGGACUACCUCACCGAUCGCAUGAAUAUCCUCGAGAAAGGCCUUCACAGCAUCUCUGAGUCCCAGAAGAACUUGCACUCACGGCUGGAUGGAGAAAUCUCUACUGUCACCCUAGGAAACCUUUUUGAAGGGCGCUUUGAGGACCUAGAAGCCAGACUCAAUGCUACAGAGAGAGAAAUGGGGAGCUGCUGCUCUGGUAUAGAGGACAGUAUGAGAGGCACAGUGGUAGCAGAGGUGGACGGCAUGAGGACUGCCUUUGAAGAUAAAAUGCAGACCCUGGAGGACAGGUUCAUGACCAUCGUGGGGGAGCUGAACAAUGUCAGUUCUCCUGUGGGCAUGGAUGGAGCGGUGGUGCCCGUGCUGGAGGGGGAGCUCGCCAGCAUGAGGAAACGGACGGAUGAGACGCUGGAUGUGUUGCAGAAUCGCCUUAUUACACUGGAGAGCACUUGUUCCCUGGGCUGCACCUCUGCCUCCAAAGACGUGGAGACCUUCCGGACAGAGAUCGAAGACUGCCAGAACAAGAACCAGGACCUGCUCCUCCGGAUGGACAGCAACUAUGACCUCCUGCGCAAGCUGAAUGCCACCAUCCUGGAGAUCCAGCGGCGAAUCGAGGAGGAAGCAUCGGGGUCUUUGCAAGGGGAGAUCACCUUGCUAAAGAUCAACCUGAACACCGUGAGCAAGUCUCUGACAGGGCUGAAGGACUCCGUCUCCCAGUACUCGGACACCAUGACACACAUCAACUCCUCGCUGGAUGAGCACGAGCGGAAGAUCGAGGAUGAGGUCCACUCCAUCCAGGAGAAGGUCAAUGACCAAGGCUCCCAGCUCUUCUUCAGCAACCGGCGUGUCCUGAACCUCAAGGGAGACUUGGAGCGACUCAAAGCCAGGAUCGUCAGUGACCUGAGCUCCUGCAAGGGCGUGGCCCAUGACCUGCAGCAGGAGAUUGCUCACUUUGAUGACAGGGUGGCCCGGGUGGAGAGUGUCUGUGGCAGGUUGGGUGCCGUCACAGGGAGCCUGGACGGCAUCAGGGACGAACUGGAGAAACACACGGGCAGUCUCUGGGACUACAUGGACCACAUGAACGGGACCCUGGCUGCCCACUCUCAGGAAAUAACAGGACUGAAGGACAACCUGCUUGACUGCCAAGCCAAGGUCUCCGAGCUGGCGGAGCAGGUCGGCCACUUGGAAGAGCAGGCGGAGGGGAAGCAGCAUUAGCUGCAGUGCCACGCGUGUCUUCCUUCUCCUCCCCAUGAAGGACAGGAUUAACUUAUAUCACACAGACUUGCUCCAAUGUGACAACAGUUCUUGGGAUAAUUUUUUUUUAAUUAAAAGAUAAAUUAAAAGCUGCUACAAACCCUUUUUUUUUUUUUUUUUAAUCUUUUUGGCCCCACUUUUCCAUAACUCUGCCAUUACAGUACUCACUUCCUGAUGCUCAGCAGCUGUCCCAACCCUGGUGAAGCAGGGUUGCUGCCUCCUGACUGGGGGCGUUGCUUUGGCUCCUGGGCUGAUGACUCCAGAAGGACAAUUCAGAAGGAAGCUGGAGGCGGGAACAUUUUUUAAAUUUUAUUUUAUUUUUGUGGAUUUAUCACUUCUUGAAGAAUAAAACCCUGUAGUUGUCAGUUGAGGAAUAGAGUUUCUCUGACCUAAAGACCACCUGCGUCUUAAUCCAGGGACUGAGCAGAGCCAGGGCUCCUUACAGGGAAAAAAUCUCACCACAGGAAUUGCAGAUUUCAAAGAACACACGUAUUCACACAUCCCCCUGGGAACUGCCUUCCCCUCUCCGAGAUGGCAGCCCUCCUCAUGUAUGGUAAAUCCAUUUAUACUGCACACUCCUUCAUGCAAAUGCACAUGCCUUACAGAGCGUAUGAGGAUAUGCAUUAGGAAAACACACAUAUGCGUAUAUAUAUAUAUAUAUGUUAUGUGUAUGUAUAUUUUUGAACAGUCCCCUGUCACGGUGCUCAUCUGAUUGCAGGGUUUCCUCUUGUGCCCCCCAUGUCCCUUGCUAUAUUUUGAAGAACCACACUGAGCAGCUACAAACUGCCACGGCAGCAUUAGAAAGGGGGGCCCUGUGGCCUCUCAGGGCUGUCGUGCUUUGCAGUCGUGCUUUGCUGUGCUCUCUGGUUACACCUGGGACUGACAUGAAGGGUUAUGGAAAACUUGUGUCUUCCCUAAAGAGAUGUGUGUCCAUAGGUCUCUGCAGAGACCAAGCGCGGCAUGGAGCAGUCCUGUCCUCCAGCUCUGGUUCUGUUUUAUUGCUUAAACUGUGAACGUGGUUUCCCUCAUCUCAUUCUGCAGCUGCUCCAGGGUGUGAGCAUGAGACUUUCCCUAUCCGUCAACAUGGGAACAGGAGUCUGCGUCCUCCUCACAUUCCUCUGAGCCCGCUGAGAUGCCAACAGCCCUGUGGACACGCAUCAACAUGGAACAUGAGGAAGGGGGAAGCAGAGCACCUUUGAGAAGGCCUCUUGAGACCUCUCCCUCAGCUCAGCCUGGGAAUGAAAAAACAAUUUACUGAACUCGACUCUAGUUUCUCACAGGCAGGCUGGAAAACGUUGUACAUGUUCUUCAGCAACUCCAACCUUGCCCUGUGGAGCAGGUGCCUGGACCAUGCAGCUGUGGCACACAAAACCCACCUGUUCCAGGGACCCCAGCAUGGGUGUCCUUCACUGCUCAGCCAACAGGGAUUUCAUUACCAGAAGGGAUGAAGAGCACAUUAAAGAGCCUCUGUCUGACCAGCUCUAGCACUUUAUAGCAGAGGAACAUAUUUUUCUAUCAGCUCAGCGUUGCAGCUCUGCAGCCUGCCACACCGGCUAGCCUUCAGCUCCCACCCAGUGCCCAUCACCCUCCCCAGGGCACCCCUGCUCUUCUGCACCACAAUUCCCCUCCCUGCUUCCCUCCACCCCACAAAGGAGCAGCUCUGUGCUCUGACCAGCACAAAGCAGCAGCAACUCCCAGCAGAGAUGCAUCUGUGUGCCUUUUCUCCUUCAUGCUCUUCCAUAAAAACUGGACAAGCUCCCUGGAACAGAUGCUUCUAGGCUAGGGAGGACCACAGGGAUCACCAAGUCCAGUUGGCUGCAUCGUGUUACCCUGAUGCAGUAGAAGCUCUUUCCCCUGACAGAGGAGCACGGGCCAUCAGCUGUACAUGCAGGGAGAGGGGACCUGACCUCUCCACCUUGCUUAGCCUCUGCUGCUGCUGAGAUACUUCUCCAGCAGAGGAGCAACCUCCAGCUGCCUUUGGGCAUCCUGCAAAACCUGCUCUUAGACAGCAAAACCUAUUUUCUUUCUCCCAACCCCUAGGAAAAGUCUCAAGCCAGCCCUUGGCACUUUGUGAGGGGCCAGAGGAGCCCUCACCCCAGCCCACUCCACAUCCUCCCACAUGAAGGAGAAAAAGGGCUGCAGCAACCAAAGAGAAAAUUAAGCCAAGGGCCAGGCUCACCCCUUCCCAGGCCAGGACUGUGAGAGAGCAGCUGAACAGCAACAGCUUCUUGCAGCACAGAGGGACCUAGGACAAGGAAGAAGUCUGACCUUCCAGAAAAUGGUGCUAUGUUUGGACUAUUCCUGACUCAUCACUUGAAGCUACAGAGAUGUUCUAUUUCAGUUCUCAGCUAUUCAUGUUUAAAAAGUGAAAGGAACUUUGUACAAAAGAGGGCAUUUUAGGGUUUGGUUUGUUUUUUUUGCUUUCAGAGAGGGAAGGAGAUGGUGCCCGUGCGGUUGUCCUUGCACAGGCAGCUUUCCAAGGCAGUCGAUAACUGAUCUUGUUAAAAGGCUGUGUUUUAUUGUUUGUAAAACCUUGUACAUUUGUUCAGAUUUUAAAAGCUGAAACAGUGUUUGUACUGGAAAGGAAAAAAAUAAAGUAUUUCUUGCUGAGGUUUCCAGGAUCAGAAUGAUGUAUGUGACUUAGACAAGCAGAGCUAGAGCUAAAGCAUGGAGGCAGGCAGACAAGGAAUAGAUGAUUUACACUUGCACACAUCAGUUAGGGCAGAAGAAGGUAGAUGCCAGACUGGAGGAAGGAGCCCAGAAGUGCUCCUGCCUGUUUUAUUUUGUGUAGUUACAGCUGAGAGCUCCCAGCACAGGGCAGCAGGCUGGCUGAGUGCACAGCAGUGUUGGGACAGCUGAGCUUUACUUGAAUGCUCCAACACAGGGGCACAGGAAUAAGCUCCUGCCCUGACACAGGACUGUG